AUGGCGCAUGUCCAACGUGAAAGAGUCCAUUACAAAGCUCAGAAAGUAGAUCGCAAAAAUGGGACUGAGACAGUUGGGACAAAAACUAACCUAGUACAAGACCCAAUUCCAUCAGGCCCAAAAAUAGCCCUUUACUUUGAUCUCCUUUUCCUCCAACACAGCCAUUUUAAUCUCGAAGUAAAAAACCAAAGUUUUGCUGGAGGAGGCAGAGUGCUGGAAAUCAGUAUGACUCAGAAUUUCUUCAAGGUCAUUCUUCAAAACACCAUAGAUGACAAUAAGCUGGAAUUGCCAAAGCUGUUUGUAAGGAAUUUUGGGAAUGAACUUUCUAAUGUUACUAAAGUAGUGAUUCCAAAUGGUGGUUUUUGGCACAUAGGCCUGUCGAGAAAUGAGAACAAAGUGUGGUUUGAAGAUGGUUUAGAUAAACUCUUAAAACACUACUCCAUACGGGAGGGACAUCUUUUACUCUUCUUUUACAAGAGUGAUUCCACCUUCCAUGUAGCCAUUUUGGACGACUCUGCUUGUGAGAUUUGUUAUCCAAAUCAAGUUUAUGGUUCCAUUAUUGGUGACAAUGAGCAAAACUUCGGGCAUGACAAGGGAAAAAUGGAAGAUGAUGACUCUUUUGAUAUCUUGGAAGAUGACUUUAUGCCUACUGUGAUCUUGGACUCCGAUACCGCUGGUGUAUCCAGAGGAAGGAACACAAUCAAGAAGAAAGUUCCUAGUUCGCAAAUGUUACAUAGACGUGCCGUUACGAUAUCUAACAAGAAUAGAUUGGAUGAAACUGAAAUGCUCGCGAAACACAAGGAGAAGUAG